AUGCGAGCCAUUCCCCAUGAAAUAUGGCUCCACAUCGCCCACUUUCUCCCCGCCCUCGUCCUCCAGGAUCUCCUCACCGUCAACAGCGCCUUCUUCCAGCUCGCCAUGGACUGUCGCUAUCGUCAGAUGAGCUUUGCCUACCUCGACAACAGGAUGCUCAGGAGAUUGGCGCGUCUCAAGGAUCCGCUCGUGGCGAAGCGCGUCCGCAUACUCCACGUCUAUCCUGGCUUUCUGAAGGAGGCUCUUGACAAAGAAAGACACGACCCCGAGCCAAUUCUCCGGCGUUCGUUGCGGGACAAACUCGUCGACAUCGCCAAUCUGGUUCUCGAACCAAAGCGGCCAACAAAGCACCCCCGCAUACGGCUUCUGCGGACACUAAAGCGGGCGGAGGAUGUCGUCCAACUUAUGCUCGAAGUCCUCAGCGGGCUGCCAAACGUAACCGACUAUUACGUGACAUGGUGCGGGAUGCCUUCCAUCAGCGCGACCGCUGUCCCCUUCCUAUCCACCGUCUUCCAGGGAAAUCUUCGGAAACUCUCUCUGGACCUAUCCCUGGAGAAUAUGCGGAACCUCUUGACCCCGUCCUUCAAAGUCGACAACCUGCAAGAGCUGCAGCUGACCAUCCAUUCCGAAAAUAUUGAUUCCGUCUGGGAACGAAACGAGAUAUUGACCGCACACCUCGCUCCAGCAAUAAGCCGCCUUCGCUCAACUUUGAGAAUACUUAUGAUUCAAUCAUGGGAACCAGCAGACCUAUCUCCCUUGCUUUGCGCCGUUAAGCGACUACCAGCCUUGGAGCAGCUAGUCAUCGCCGUCCCUGUCGAAUCGACUCACCUAGGAGACCCCAGGGGCCUCGCACAAUUCUUAUCUGUCCACCGACUUUCUCUUCGAACACUAUGUCUGCGCGCCACCCAAAUCGGAGGGCGUGGGCUGACCCCGGAUCUUGUGUCAUUCGAUACCUGGAUCAGGUCUGCAAUUAAUGGUGUCAAUCUACCCAAACUGCGUGUCCUCGAUAUCAGCUCAAAUCUCUUCCCCGUAUACACUUCGUUAUCAUGCCUUUCCCAAUUUGCGUCGACUAUCACCUCUUUGUCUCUGACAGGCUGCUAUCGGACUUUUGAUGAUGUGGAGGAGGUCGUUAGCAUGCUCUCAGGCCGGAAGCAGGGUUUGAGCCGUCUACGCAUCGGUCUCGUUUCACUGUCGCCUCAGCUCAUCGAUAUAAUUUCAACCAAGCUUUCUCAACUUCACCGACUGGAACUAGUCGUCAAAUACAUUCUGCCUCACGCAUGGGAUUGCCCAGAGUUCACUUCAGUCGUUACGGGUGCCGGCCAGCAGGCGGAACAGAUCGAUUUAUUCUUAUCCGAAAUGAGUACCAGGCAAUACUCACAUUGGAACCUUGAACACAUGUCUGUCUUGGCGGAUUUCCUGCCGUACAGGCCUCAUUAUGAGUCACUUCUUGAACAGGUUUUCAUGCGCUGCAUACCGUCCAUCAGAACCUUUACCUAG